AUGCCUUCCCAAAGCAUCAAGAUGGUCCUGGUGGGCGCCGCCGCCCUCCUCCUCUCCUGCGCGCCCGAACCGGCCCAAGCGCAGCAGAACUAUGUCCUCCACGACAACUACGACAGCUCCAACUUCUUCAACGAGUUCAGUUUCUUCGACCAGGCGGACCCCACGCAAGGCUCACAGCAGUACACGAGCGCGCAGACGGCCAACGACCAGGGCCUUGCGGGAUAUGCCAGGGGCGGCAUCUACCUCGGCGUCGACUCGAAGACCACCGGUCAAAACCGCCAGUCGGUGAGGGUGACGUCGAACAAGGCCUUCGAUACUGGCCUGUUCGUCGCCGACAUCCAGCACAUGCCGACGAGUAGCUGUGGUGUAUGGCCUGCGUUCUGGAUGUUUGGUCCCAACUGGCCCAACUCGGGCGAGAUCGACAUCAUCGAGGGCGUCAACACGCAGGAGUCCAACUCGGUGACGCUCCACACGGGACCCGGCUGCAGCGUCAACAACGCCGGCUCGCUCUCGUCGACGACGCUCGUUAACAAGGACUGCAACUCCGACUCCGCCUCCACAGGGUGUGGCCAGACGACGGCCAGCAACCAGAACUACGGCGACGGCUUCAACGCUAUUGGCGGCGGCGUCUACGCCGUUGACUUCAACAGCCAGGCCAUCUCGGUGUGGUUCUUUCCGCGCAGCGCAAUCCCCGGCGACAUCAGCUCGGGCAACCCCAACCCGGCCUCUUGGGGCCAGCCGUUGGCCAAGUUCAACGGAGGCGCCGGGUGCGACAUCCCCUCGCACUUCAAGCAGCAAAACCUCGUCUUCAACAUUGCGCUGUGCGGCGACUGGGCCGGCAAGGUGUGGGACCAGAACGCCGAGUGCAAGGCACUGGCGCCCCAGUGCUCCGACUACGUGGCGGCGAACCCCCAGGCCUUCACCGAGGCCUUCUGGCUAAUCAACUCGGUCAAGGUUUACCAGGCCGACGGCGGCGCCAACGGCUCCAUUCCCUCGGCUCCCCAGCCUUCUGGGCGACCUUCUACUUCUGGCCGCCCCAACGGCUCCGGCUUUCCGGGUGGGCUCGGGUCGAACUGA